UCCUCCCUCCCUCCCUCCUUUGUCGCGUAACUGGUGAAGUUAAGUUGGGAAGACUGUAUUGUAUUUAUUAAGUCUGUCUCGCGGCGCUACUAGUUGAGAGGGAAGGAAAACGCUUCAAUCAGAUUGUUUGUGAGCGGAGACACACACACACACACACGAGAUAUGGGCGAAAUAGGGGAAGAAAAGAAGACUAACAUCGACUUACUUUCGUCGGAUCUCAAUGACUAUACCAUUAUCAAGGAAGGCGAGGCUGAAAUCCUGAUGCACACCAAAAAUGAAGUCUUUUACAACAAGGCUCAGGUUAAUAAUCGAGAUAUGUCUAUUGCUGUUCUGAGGACAUUCAUUUCGAAGCGUAAAGAAGAGCAUGAAGUUAUGAUGUCCAAAAGAGAAAAGAAAGGUAAAAAGGUAUUAAGUGAGCAUGCUUCCAAAUCUGCUGCUCAGGAUGACAAUUGCAACGGUGUUCAUGAAGAUGCCGAUGGGGAAUCUCUAGUUAAACAUUCUAACAUCGCAGCAGAAGAACCAGUUCAACCAUCAGGGGGGGAGCUCUGUGCAGAAGUAAAGCCAGCAAGAAUUCUUGAGGCACUAUCUGCUUCUGGAUUAAGGGCGUUGAGAUACGCACGUGAAGUGGAAGGGAUUGGACAAGUAGUGGCUCUUGACAAUGAUAAAUUGUCCGUAGAAGCAUGCAGAAGAAAUAUUAAACUCAACGGUUCUGUAGCUUCUGCAAAAGUUGAAUCUCAUCUGGCUGAUGCUAGGGUUUACAUGCUCACUCACGAAAAGGAGUUUGAUAUGGUUGAUCUUGAUCCUUAUGGUUCACCUUCUGUGUUCCUGGACUCUGCUGUUCAAUCAGUUGUUGAUGGUGGAAUGCUGAUGUGCACUGCCACCGAUAUGGCUGUGCUCUGUGGGAACAGUGGUGAGGUUUGCUAUUCCAAAUAUGGUGCAUAUCCAUUAAAGGGGAAAUAUUGUCAUGAGAUGGCUUUGAGGAUACUUCUGGCCUGCAUUGAGAGCCAUGCAAAUCGGUAUAAGAGGUAUAUUGUGCCAGUCCUGUCUGUCAUGAUGGAUUUUUAUGUUCGGGUGUUUGUUCGAGUUUACACUUCUGCAAAUGCAAUGAAGAACACACCCCUUAAGCUCUCAUAUGUCUAUCAAUGCAUUGGAUGUGAUUCUUUUCAUCUUCAACCGAUUGGGAGAAUGAUUUCUAAGAAUACUAGUGUUCGAUAUCUACCUGGAUUUGGUCCUGUUGUUCCUCAAGAGUGCACCCAUUGUGGGAAGAAGUUCAACAUGGGUGGACCUAUAUGGUCUGCUCCCAUCCAUGAUCAGGAAUGGGUGAAUUCUAUGUUGGCAGAUGUGAUAUCAAGAAAAGAGUUAUACCCUGCUUAUCAACGAAUCUCUGCUGUGUUAACAACAGUUUCCGAGGAACUGCAUGAUGUUCCACUGUUCAUUAGUCUGCAUACUCUAUGUGCAACUCUAAAAUGCAUUUCUCCUUCAGCUGUUAUGUUCCGUUCUGCAGUCAUAAAUGCUGGAUAUCGUAUAUCAGGAACACAUGUGAACCCGUUAGGCCUUAAAUCAGAUGCUCCAAUGGAAGUCAUCUGGGACAUAAUGCGCUGUUGGGUAUUGGAACAUCCAGUGAAAUCUCAACCAUCAGAUCAAUCAGGAACAGUUAUCCUUUCCAAAAAUCCAGUUAUUACGGCUAAUUUUGCUAGGACUGGUGGAUCUCUGAGCAAAGCUCAAACCAAGAAAGUUGCAAGGUUCCUUCCUAAUCCAGAGAAGCACUGGGGACCAAAGCUGAGGGCGGGUCGACAGGUCACUAGUAAACACGUGUCCCUUCUUGGUCCAGUGGCACUGAAUGCAAUAAUUAACAAAGAACAGGAAGGUGGAGAGGAAGUCGAGGAAGCUCAAAUCAAUGACAAUGAAGAACAUGAAAAUGAAGAAGUUGCCGAACCUCAAGCCAAGAAGCUUAAGAAGACAGAAGGUCCCUCUGCACCAGUUUCAUGAACUAAGCUCUAAGGCUUUUAUUUAUCUCAUUCUCUUUCUUCUUACACACUUAUAUUUAUUCAUCAUUUUUGUUUUGUUUCAUUUCUAGAUCAGCACUCUUUUGGAUUGUUUUAGUUUGUUUAUUUGCCUGUCUAUAUAAAUUGCUACAAUUUUGAUCAGCCUUUGGUGCUUUGUUAUGGUUUUUUCAGAUGGGAAU